AUGGAGUACGAGCCCAUGCUCCUGGACGGCGAGACCGGCGGGCCACAGAUCAAGAUCUCGGGGGCCGAUAAUAUCCACGUCAACUUCGAUCUUUCAAACUGCGACCUUUCCUUCGCGAAUUCCCUGCGCCGCGUUAUCCAGGCCGAGGUCCCCACGAUCGCAAUCGACCUCGUCGAAAUCGAGGCAAACACCUCCGUCCUCGCCGACGAAUUCAUCGCGCAUCGCCUCGGUCUCAUCCCCCUCCAAUCCAAGGACGUCAACAGCCUACUCUACUCUCGCGACUGCGACUGCGAGCAAUACUGUGACAACUGCAGUGUGAAGCUCACCCUCCAGGCGCGCUGUUCAUCCGACGAAACGAUGAAGGUGUACGCUCGCGAUCUUGCCGUCGACAGCUACCGGCAGAACGGCACCGUUGGCAACCCGGUCAUAAUGGACCCGGACGGCCAGGGUUCUCUGAUCGCCAAGCUGGGAAGGGGGCAGGAGCUCAAGCUGUCCUGCAUCGCAAAGAAGGGCAUUGCCAAGGAGCACGCAAAAUGGAUGCCCACGGCUGCCGUCGGCUUUGAAUACGACCCUCAUAACAAGCUGCACCAUUUGGACAUGUGGUAUGAGGAGGAUGCGAAGUUGGAGUGGCCCGACAGCAAGUACGCGAAGAUGGAGGACCCUCCUCAGGAAGGAGAGCCGUUCGACUACGACGCGGUACCCGAGAAGUUCUACUUCGAAGUCGAGGGCGUCGGCAGUCUGGAGCCCGACCAAAUCAUCCAGGAGGGAAUCAAGAUCAUCCAGGAGAAGAUGGCGCUAUUGCUGCACAUGCUCACCGGUGAGGCCGAGGACGACGGGAUGGGCGACUUCGACGGCCCCCGCAGCCCGAACCUCGACAUGGACGGCGGCAACCCGUGGGGCCAGGACCCGGGCUACACUACGCCCUAUAACAACGGCGCGCAGAGCUCGUGGGGAGGCAACGCGACGACACCCUACGCCACGACCACACCGUAUGGCGGUUCGGGUCAGUCUGGCUGGAACUGA